AUGGAAAUAGAUGUCGGAAGCGAGAAGUAUAACAUGAAAUACAUAUUGCUUUGGACAACAGUUAAUAAUUCUUUAAGCAAUAUUGGAGAUGGCCAGACUCCGUUUAUUGAUCAUGCAUGUUUGUAUACAAAUUGUUUCUUGACAACUGAUAAAUAUCUUUUAAAUGAAGAUUAUAUAAACUUUGAUGCACUUAUCUUUGAUGUGAACGAUUUGAGGAAUUGGAACGAAAUGACCUUUCCAGAGACAAGAUCAUUACACCAAAAGUAUAUCUUUCACAGUGAUACUUCAUCUUAUGAUGCACCCAUCUGCAACUACAUAGCGGACAAUUAUUUUAAUUGGACUUGGACUUAUAAGCUGAAUUCUGAUAUUGUCAAUCCAUUUAUUGAGAUAAAAGACUUUGAAGGAAAUGUGUUAGCCCCAAAAGAAUCAGUUGCGUGGGAGUCUAAUAUAACAGAAGUAACUGAAGAGGAAAUUAAAUUCUUUAAGGAGAAAAGAAAGACAAUGGCUUGGAUAGUUUCAAAAUGUAAUACGGUAAAUGACAGAAUGAUGUUUGCUAAAAUGCUGCGUAGUGCAUUUCAGAAGAACUCGCUUGUUUUUGAUAUAUAUGGCUGUGGCUAUCUUGAAUGUCCAAAAGGUGGAUGUCUAGAGAUAAUAAAAAAAGAAUAUUAUUUUUAUUUUGCUGCUGAAGAAUCAAAUACCGAAGAUUAUGUAACGGAUGAAGUUAUCACAGCUUACAGUAAUUAUGCUGUACCAAUUGUCUUCGGAGGGGCAAAUUAUAGCAAAUUUCUACCUCAAGGCUCAUAUUUGAAUGCUAGAAGUACUGGUUUCGAGCAGCUGAUCGCAUUAAUUCAGUAUAUCCUAAAGAAUCCCGAAAUAUACUAUCAUUUCCACCGCUGGAGAAAACAUUACACUAUAAACAAAACUGAGAGAUAUAAAGGAAUCUGCGAAAUUUGUGCAUAUCUUAACGACGAAGGCAAAUUCAAAACUGUGAGCAUUAAAGAGGACUUCAGAAAAUGGUGGUAUUCUGGUAUAUUAUUUCAGCGAUGCAUUCCAAAAGAAUUCAGUAUGGCAGCAUUUUCAAGUGACUGGUUAGCAUAUCGCAGAGAUCGCCUGUUCGCAUAUUCAGGAGCUCUUUGUUCUGACCCCACUUCUCUCCUUCGCUAUGCAAAA